GUGAAUUCCCAAAUCCUAAAUCUAAGUCACUCAUCAUAUGGCAUGUAGUGCUCUCCAUGGACUACGAGAAGAAGGCUGUGAUGAAAGGGAUAGAACAUGGGGCGUGCGACUUUAUGGUGAAGCCAGUGCGUACCCACAAGCUCAAAAACAUAUGGCAACAUGUUAAAAGGUGGAGAAAUCCUGAAGCAACAAGCCACAUCAGUGAUGAUGACAAUGAUGACCAGAGAGUUCAACAAUGGACUGCUGCCAAGAGUGAGGGCUCGAGAAAUAGGAUUAAUGGUGGAGAUGAUUCUAGCAAGAACAAAGAGAGCACAUACAUAUCCACAACCCAGAAAAAGCCAAGGGUAGAGUGGACCAUUGCGUUGCAUAACAAGUUCCUAGAAGCUAUCAACGAGAUUGGUCUGAAUAGGGCUGCUCCAAAAAAGAUAUGGGAGCUGAUGAAUGUGGAUUACCUCACUAGAGAGAGUAUUGCGAGUCAUCUACAGAAGUAUAGGUUGUACUUAAAAAGAGUCAAGUCAAAUUCCUCUGGUGAUACUUAUGGAAGAAGGAACUCAUGGCACAACAUGAAAAACCAGAGCAAUUUCAUGCAUAAUCCUGAACAUGAAAGAUGGAGUGUGGCCUCUGGUGACAUUGCCUCUUGGAGUACAGAUAAUUAUGGUGCAAUGGGUCACUUUGCUCAGACAAAAAAUAUCCAAGGCAACUUCUCCAUGGGGUCAUUCCUUCAUGGUGGUAGAAUGUCAAGUUAUAUUGGGCCACAACCGCCGGAUGUGAGUAGAUUUGCCAGUUCUGGUGAUCCUUCCAUCAGACUAUACAACAACAUACCCAAUGAGAUAAUAUUAGAUGAAUUUCCUUCAUGCAAUUCAUAUGCAAACCUGAUGCGUGGCAAGCUAAUGGAGACAUGCAAAGGAAAAACUCCUUCCACUCUUCAAAGUUCAUUUCCAAAAACAACAGGUGGUGGUGGGAGGUCUCUUGUCCCAUCACAGGUGGAUAUCCCAAGGAUCAACCAACUAGAGAGCUUUGGAAUGUCAUCUGGCCAGCUGCAUCUACAAAAUGAAAUGGCACCAUUCAUAAUCAACACAACAUCAAUGGGAGCCUUUAGUGAUAAAAUGGUUGCGUUCAAUGUAGCUAGCAACCCAAGCUCCACAGGGAUGCUAAAUGCGCAUAGUAGUGCUCCAGUGGCACCAUAUCAGAUGGUUAAUGAUGGGAGCAUCACUAAAUUGGCGACCUGCUACAUUGAGCAGAUGGCACCAUUCGACAUGGAAAGUAACACAAGCUCAGCAGGAAUGAUGUUGAAUGGUAGCUCUGCACCUUGUGCAAGUAGAACUUCCACGAAAGAGACUCAUAUGGUCAACGGCGGAAGAACUACUUCGACACGUCCCAGCCAUCAGACAAAUAGUUUCGUCUCAUUAACUCAGUUGCUUGAUGGCGGGGAUGGAGCUGGCAUUCUUCCUAUGCAAGAAGGCACACUUGAUCAAGAACAAUUUAAUGAUCAACUUAAUGAAAUCAAUGCCUUCUCAAUGGAUGAUAUAUUUGCCAACAUACACAUGGAAGAUUUCACUGGAGAUGAUGCUAUCGAUGCUUGA